AUGGAUUCUCCGGUACAGUCGAGUGCUAAGUGUGGCUCUGAUUUUAGUAUAGAACGGAUUUUAAGUAGUGAUAGCAAACGAACCGACAAUGUGGAAGUUCCGGACUGGUUGUGUUGCACCCGGUACAGACCACCUCGGUUACCACGUGCAGUGAGCAGUGGCGGUGGUCGCGCGAGACGGUCGGGCCGGCACGCUCGGGUGCCGUUCACGGCAGCUCAGGCCGCGGCGUUGGAGGCCGCAUAUGCGCGUGCGCCGUACCUCGCUCCCCCGGCCUUGCGUGCCCUCGCCGCAGCCUUGCAAUUACGUGAUGAUAGAAUAAAGAUAUGGUUCCAAAAUCGACGUGCCAGGGAGCGAAGAGAGAAAUGUGGUAAUAUCGCACCUCCGAUAGCUGUGACCCUUCCAGCCACCACCUCCGCUCACGUCUCCUUUAUAACUCCAUGUUCAUGGACGUCAACUGACGUAUCCAACAUUCCAUUCAGCAUUACUCUUGAACAACACGACAGAGACAGAACAAAACUGUGUGAAAGAGACGCAAGUAAUUUAAGCGUCUCGUCCUGGUCAACGGACGAAGAAAAACAAGAUGAGCCAUUGGAUAUUGAAACUAUUGAAGACUGA